AACCCAACACUCGAUGACACAUUGAAAUCCAGAUUGAGCUGGGCGGGAAAUAUCAGUAAACAUAGCUGUCAGAUUGAUUUCAUCUUAAAGAAUGUCACCAAAUUAGAUAAAACUCGCACUUACGGUUGUACAGCGACAGUGGACGGGUUAGAUCAGAGGAGUGGUCCUAUAAAACUGGCCGUUCUCAGUGAGUAUGAGCAUUCUCAAUGGUUUAUCGGUGUUAAAUUUCAACCAGGUAACUUGGUUUUUAUCAUUCACUCUGACGAAGGGCUAACACUCGAAACGCCAGUUUAAGAAACUGUUUUCGGUGGCUGAUUUACUUUAUGAACUCAGUUAAUAAAUAGAGAAUAAUACAUGGGUGUGGGGAGAUAUGGGACUUCUCUUCGUGAUAUCUUCCGAAGGUCGAUUUCUGUUCUCAGCCGCGAGAAACUGAACGACGUUACCAAAGCCACUGAAUUCAUUACUCGGUUUUUCUCUUCGUAGUUUGGUUUUCUUCCCCUUCUAGAAACCUUUGAACGUCACUGCCUAUAGGCGAUAUGAAUUUUUCAGUGUUUUAGCAGCCAUAUGAUAUGACAGAGUGGCGAGAAAGGCGAGUGAUAUGUCUCAGCUGAUUGGCCGCGACUUCAAACACGCGUGAAAAAUUGUCGUGUUUUUUCCACAUGUGUUGUUACGGCUUUUCUUAGGGCUGGACUUCCUUUAUAUCACAGCAGUUUACAUGAUAAACCCAAAUCAAAUCCAAAUCAAAUACACACCGCCGACACAGCACCACAAUUUCUUUAGAAACCUACUCCUUUCAUUCUAACUCGAUACUUCGUACUCGUCUCUCGUAAGUGGAGCGGAGCAGAGUUGAAGUAAAAUAUUACGUGACGUUCUAAAGUAAAUGAUAUAACCGACCAUAUUUUGUUAUUCCCUCGCUUACAUUUGUUUCAGUUCCACCGACCAUAACCCAUCGAUCCAACAAGACUAUUGAUGUUGAAGAAGGAGUCAACGUCACACUACAUUGUGACGCAAUAGGUGACCCUACCCCAAGUGUCGUAUGGGUCAAAGAUGAUAAAACGCUACAAAAUGGCACCUCAACGCCUACGCUUCAAAUUCCAAGAAUAGAACUGCGAGAUGCUGGAACUUAUGUCUGCACAGCCGCGAACCAGGCUGGCUCCGCGAAGUACAGCGUUCAAGUGAGGGUCGUACGAUGUAAGUUAACUGAAAUUAACUCCUUUUCUCCGAAGUACAUUCAAUACUCAUAUCAGCCUGUUCAUCUCUUUCACAGAGUCAGGAUUUAAGUAUGUACCUGUGAGUCAUAGAAACAGGAAAGGGGAUUAAAGCAGGCAUAUUAUGUCCUUUGCGCUUUAACUAACUUUAAAACAUUAAAAACCACGUGGUAGAGUCAUUUUAUGCCUGCAGCUGAAAAAUUUCCUGAUGUUCCUGAUAAUGCCAUGAGCUCUUAGUGCAUUCAAAUAUUCGCAAAUGCGAUGAAUAUCUAGUCACACUGGACUCUUGGGAAUUUGGUAACCAGAGAUACCUGAGACCCCCCUUCUCACCUUAGUAAAAAGAAGUUAAAUGGUAGUCAAUAAUAGCAAAGCACUGUGGGAUACUCAAAAACCCUCAAAAGAAGCUGAGAUAGGAUAUCUCUAUCAAGAAAACCUGUCUAUCCCCCACCCCCACCCCCCUCCCCUGUCCAAGCAUUGUGCCAUUUUUUGUUUCUGAAAUAAAUUCUUAUUUCAGAUAAACCUUAUAUUAACAAGACAGGAACUACAGAUCCUCUCAUGAAAUCCUGGAUUAACCACACGACACCCUUAACGUGUGCAGUAGAUGCUAAUCCGUCUGCAAAUUUUACCUGGUUAAAACAUGGUCAACCACUGUUAGCCGGGGUUAACUUAACGCGUGGCAUGAGUACACUGACGCUGAUUCCAAAGACUAUGGGUGACUUUGGUUUGUACUCGUGUAAAGCUGAAAACGAGAAAGGGUCUAUGGUAUAUAAUAUUACAGUGGAGCGCCUCUGUAAGUGUUAACACUUUUAUUUACUCUUAGCUGUUUCUGUUUCUGUCACUGCUGAAAGUCUCUAAAAAAAUUUUUAUAUUAGUUACAAGUUUAUGCUACGUUUCGAAAUUUAACUAAACUACUUCCCGUACGUUUCCAAUAACAUCUCAUCGCUUCAUGAUAUGUUUCUUCGCAUUGUCAACACUGGUACAAUACAGAACAAAGGGAACAAAUCGUUCAAACGUCAUGAAGGAUUCAUUGGCAUUCCCAAACGCUCAAGGGUCUUAUUUUUGAUGGUGUGGCCUCUAUGAUAAAGCCUUAAAAGAAAGAAUUAGAGCAGGGCUCAUUUCUUGUCAGUUUUGUUGGACAUGUUCCUCAAUAGUGCUUUUCAACUGGAUAUCAUGAACCAAAAUAAUUAUUACAUCUAAUGCUGACUAUGAAAGUAUCAAUGAGAAACAGAUAAAGCUGACUAUGAAAGCGUCAAUAACAAUCUAUCGUAGGUGUGUGUUACUGGCUUUAAGCUUGGCCGCUGAUCUGAUUGGCUGAGAGCGGGCGACCUCAAUCAGAAAACGCGGUGCAGGAAAACUAGAGACGAUCCUUCAAAAUCAGUGAUUUCUUUCGGAAGCCAUUUGAAAAUUGCUCUGCUUCACCUAAGAUACAUGAUUGUUAACUUUUAUCUGCCAUGAAAUCAAUUUUACUAUUUAAUAUUUUUUUAGACUCACCAGGGCCGCCUGUUAUAAACAAAUUUACCUCAGAUGUGCAGUCCGUCAAUGUGUCAUGGGAUGCGCCACAAGACGACACUGAUGGUGGUAUAUUUGAUUACAAAAUUACAAUACUUGAGGAAAACUACCGAAUGAUACAGCAGUAUCAUGGAAUCAAACAAACGUUCUUCAACUCUCAAAAUCUGAAACAAAACAGAUCUUAUAUCGUUUUCUUACAAGCAAGAAAUAUUGUAGGUUAUGGAGAGUCCGCAAAUGGUACUGUUAGAACGCUUAAGGCAGGUAAGGAAUACAAAUUUCUUUAAUUAAACAGCUUGUCAUUGCCCGUGACAGUAGUUCACAUAAACAGUUAGUCAAUCAGCCACACAGCCAGCCAGCUUUCCAGUAAGUCAGCCAGCCAGUAAUUACGAGUUAGUCAUACAGUCAGUCAGUUAGUCAGGCAGUCAGUCAAUAAGUCAAAAUAAAUUUGGUUUUAUCAACUGAGUUGAUGAUGUAAAUUGGCCACCGUAAAGAGUUUAAAAGCUGACGGUUCGUGCGUUAGCCCUUCGUAAGAGCGAUAGACGCGGCACCACAAUUUCUGCAGAAACUUACCCCCUCUAUUCACUAAUCAGUCAGCCAGUCAGCCAAUCAGUCAGUCAUCAAUCAGUCGGUCAGUCAGUCGGUCUAUCAGUCAGUCAAUAAGUCAGUCAGUCAGUCAGUCAGUUGGUCUGUCAUUCAGUCAAUUAAUCGUUUAGUUUAACGUAAACAUUACUUAAGUCAGUCUUUCGUAGUAAGACAGAGAGUUUAAACAGACAGACAGAAGAAAGCCAGAGAGAUGUCAUAAUGUGGUAGGUUCUGAAGGUCAAACCGGUGAUCAUUCAAUAUAGUUAUUCCGUUAUUCAGCUAUCCAGUCCGUUAAGUUAUCGCUCAGUCGGUCAUGGCAAACGAUCGAUCGGUCGACUACUGAGUCUGCCAUUUAAUCGGUCGGUAAGCCGAUGAGACAAUCUGUUUCCAGAGCAUACAGUAUAAACAUCCAGGCAGUUAAAAGAGUCUGCUUGGUUCCAGCUGCGUCGCAUCUAACUGAAAAGUCAACUGAACAAGUCAGUAGUGUUGGAUCGAUCAGCUCGUUGAACAAUCAUAACGCCUAUCUGAACUGCUGAUAACAAACCGAUAUUUCUUUUGCAGACCCGCCAAACCCACCCGAUAUAAAAGCGAUAUCCAAAGUUCUUGCGUUAAACAUAACUUGGCACUCAUCAAUUGAGGACAGCAAAAUUGAAAUACUGGAUUACAGAAUAAAGGUUAUAGAUAGUAUCACACACAGACAAGAAAAUGAAUAUACCGGAAUAAGAAGUACAUCACUACUUAUUAAAAACUUAGGAAGAAACAGGACGUACAUUGUAUUCAUAGAGGCAAGAAACGAAGCUGGCUACGGACAGUUUGCAAACACCAGCGCAACAACUCUUCUACCAGGUACAACAAAUUGUAGUACAAAAGUAACGGAUAAAAAAAAUUAUAUUUUUGGCAAAAAAAAAUCGGCGGGAGUGGCUCAUCGACAAAGCCAAUAAACGAUAAAAAUCAAGAUGCGAUGUGAUGCCCUUGCUUUUCAUCCACAUGGAGAGGCAAUAUUUCUCAUCGCUUAUUGAUGUAGAAAACUGCAGAUUAAUAAGCUCAUGUACUACAGUCCAAUAAUUUGAGUGCAGACCUCGUUAAUUGAUAGAAAAUUUUCUUUUAAACAAAAUCAUUUUUAAGGCUUAAUCUUUUUUUAAAUCAAAUCUCAUUUUUUCAGAAGAAAGCACGACGACAGAGUCCAGUGCUGCCGUCACUUUACGGCACACUACGUACUUCCCUUCAGAAGGUAGGGACUCAAAUACUGCCGAUCUUGCCUUUUACGUCAUAAAAUAAAAACGUGGAAGAAGAAGACAGAGCACCAAGUCACUUUCUUAACUCAAAAGGAGGAGGAGCCUUGUAAUGCCCUUACUUUCAUCCACAUGCAUGGAGAGGCGAUAUUUCUCGUCACUGACCUAUUGAUGUAGAAAACUGUAGAUUAAGGUCAUGUACUACGGUUCAAUUAGUCGAGUGCAGACCUCGUUAAUUGAUAUAAAAUUUUCUUUUAGUGAAAGUUGAUGAAGCGAUAAUCAUAUAUCCGCGAACCAGCCACACUUCCCAUCCCAGUCUCCGAACUUCAGUACAGCCAAUCGGCAAAAAAAAAGCAAAGUUUCCUUAAAGUUUGACUCUUUUCUCUUUUUCAUUAUCAAGAAAAGUGAUCUGACCUAAUUCAGUUAUCAGAGCCAUCCGUGCCCGUUCUAAGACACAGUCAUCUGUAACUAUCUUGUAGAAUUGUCAAGUAGCACUGUGGUAUCUCUGACGGAGUUACCUGUUAUAAAACAAGAUAAAUAUUUUAUCCUUUUACUGUCCAUAAGGUUUAGAAAUUUUUCGAGAGCCGCUGUUUACUACGAUAAAGAAAUUGCAAAAAAAUUAAAUAGAUUUAUGUUUAUCAGUGUGUUAUCAAUUUUUGUAGCGGCGCACAGAGCGGUCAAUUGAGUUCAGUUUCUCUGUUCCCAUCAAGCGACUUGAGCAUCUAUUGUUUGCUUUCUAGACGAAUCUUACAUUAUAAUUCCGACUUGGAUCCCUUCUAUUCCUCAAACUACUUCCCUUACAGAGGGCGACAGUUGCUCUAAUUAUUAUCUAGUGUUUAUCUCUGUUUGAAAUGAAUUUGAGAUGUUAUUCUACCUUUCUCAUUAAAAAUUAAAAGGAUCUAGCACCAAGAGAAAAAGCAAAAAGGAGACGUUUAAUUACCUUCUUCUUCUGUGGAUUAUCUUGCCGGCAUUCGCAGUGCCUAUAAUUUUUUUCCUGUCCUGGAAAGCAUCUAAAAAGAGUAAGUGGAUCUUUUUGGUUUCGAUUUUAGUAUAUAUCACACGGCAGGUGAAUAGUGUUCCUUCGCGCGCAGUGAUUGGCUGGUUCGGGUGAGAUCAGUAAGUACUAUUCUACUUCGAGCAGCCGAAGAGACAAAAUCGCCUGCCAACAAUUUAAUUUUCCGACCAUUUUUGGUAUACUGACAUAGACAAACAAAUUUGUUUGGUUUCUAUGCGGCAUAUACUAAAACCAUUACUCGCCACAAUGUCGGUGAGUGGAUAUUUACAUCCAGUUCGGUUAAUAAUUGUUAGAUAGUACAUUUUGAAAAGUUAUCGUGAGACUGAAACCAAAGUAAUCAUACGGCGGGAGGGUCUGUUUCCAUCUAUUAAACAGUAGUGAAAAACAAACUUGAAAUCUUUGCGCAGAUUUCAGUUGCUUACAACGUAAUCACGAGUAACUGAAAGUUAUCUAUGUCAGUGUAUUAUGUUAUAACGAAUAAUUAAAUUCUGAGGCUUUGCUGUUGUGUAUCAUAUCAAAAAAACCAUCGAAUUAUGGAUGUUCUCCUAUGACUUCACUAGUUAUGAACAACUAAAUUAGUAAAUAACAGCUUGAAUAAUCUAUUGCUUUUCAGUCACUCGCUGCCGCGGUCUGAAAGUGACAGAUUUUGACGGGUUAGUAUGCCAACCACGACAACCAGAUCUCCAUUGGUCUGAAAUAGACCAUUUUACUCAAUAGCAUUCUCGAAAAAAUUUUGUCCCCCUUUCAAUAAAUAAUACACUCGCUUGACCGAGGCACAAAUUGCGUUUCACUUACGGUUUCACUUCAACCAACAUUACUGAGGCUUUCUUGCAUGAAACAUAAUCAAAGCAAUGGUAUAUUUUCCUCUCGAAUUACUUUACAGAUUUUAAGAGGUAAGUAUACAAUUUUUCCUUGUGUUUAAUCUGCGUCACUUCGCUGCGUUGUUCUUUUUCCAGAGCUUUGCACACGCCAUGCAUUCUCGUGGGUAAGAGCAUCGCCUUUUUGGGGUUUUUUUUUCUCUUCUAUGUUCUCACCCCGUUCUUCGCCUUCAAAUCAUCAUCUUUUUCUAUAGACCAUUUGCCUCUUUCUCUCUCUGUUUAUUUCUAUAGAGAUUGUGAGCAAGGCAAUGCAUUCUCGCUGAGUAAAAUGGAAAAACUGAAGGAAAGAAGGGUAAAUAUUUCUAGUAUUCUUAUAGGACUUUCACCCUACGAAUAGUUUGCUAUGGCUUAAUAAUUGUCUCGAAUGAAGUGGAGUUAGUCUUCAACUCGUAAAACACGUGUCUUAAUCAGCGAUGUUACAAGGGCGUGACCCGUGACCCCUCCCCCUUUGUGAGCCUUUGUCACAUUAAGUAAACACAGCGUGGAGUAUGCCUCCACCCUCCUUUUGAAAAAUCCUGGCUACACCCCUGUGUAAUGGACCAAAAAUUUAGCCGCGCCUUACUGUGGUGUUUAUAUGACUCCGUUGAUGAAAGUUAAUGCGAUCUUGUGAACGCUAUUGUGUACGCUAUUCUUUUUAAGGCUGAAUUGAAGGUAAACGGUUGUAAUUACCUAAUUAAAUUCCAGAUUUCCAAACAUGACGAGACUUUAAUGGAAGAUUCAGAAGAGCAUCACAAUCAGGGUCACUGCAUGGAGGACGAAAGUGUCAUAGACAAUGGGAACCCUGUGACAGAUCACCAACAGAUCCCAGGAAGCAUUGUGACGUGUGAUCAGACCUACGAGAAACCAGACAGUCCUGGUUCAAAACAGGUUAGUUGCAACAUAGAAUCAAGUUGUAUCGACUAAAACAUCAAUCACCGAAACAAAAAGGACAAACACUUAAACUGCGCGACUUAUUGAGCUUCAAUAAUACAUACAUACAUACAUAUAUAUAUAUGCAUUGUUGAAGCUCAAUACGUCAUAUAUUAUAUACAUAUAUAUAUAUAUGUAGAUAUCUAAAUGAAUGUGGGGGUAGAGUCUACCUUGGCAUAAAGUGCUCAAUGUUGUGGUGGCAGAGCUAAGUAUACAUAAGUUAAAGAAUUAAAGUGGACGCAUCGAUUGAAUCGAUGCGUCCUCUUUAAUUCUAUAUAUAUAUAUAUAUAUAUAUAUAUAUAGAUAUAUAUAUAUAUAUAUAUAUAUAUAUAUAUAUAUAUAACUGCAGACAGUACUGCUUCGGCCUUCUGGGCCUCAUCAGUGCAGUGCUGAUGCUGGGAUGGAGGUAAGGCCAUAUAGCCACCCCAAGUGAUCUCACACAUGUGGGAUCAUCUAAGCCAUGCCAGAGUGCUCAAACUAGAAAAACUAGUGAGCAUGUAUAAUAUAUAUAUAUGCAUGCAUAUGUAUAUAUAUAUAUAUAUAUAUAUAUAUAUGUAUAUAUGUAUUUUUUAAUUUUCAACCGAACAAAACUCAGACUUCGCUUGUCAAAGGGUUCCUGGACUUGAAGAAAAAUCAUUAGGCCCACCAAUCUCGCCAACACGUCACAUUAAGCUGAGAGUAAAGACGAAUCAGCGCCCUCUUGAGCGCAGAGUUUCUUUUCUUUUUAUUUUCCAGGACUCCAUCGAUCUGACGAAAGAUGAUGCAAAACCCUUUGAGAACUUCCAAAUGGCGCUUAAAUGA